AUGGCAAGAGACCGAAGUCAAAUAUUACAAUGGAUGAGGAUAAAGAAGAGGAAAAAUCAGAGAAAGGAUGAUGAUCUAGAUUCUAACAGAGGCGACAUGUCCUUGUUAGAUGUCAAUAGUCACGGGUUUACAGACAGGGAUAGUUAUAAUGGAUCGUGUCUGUCUCUCGACAGUGACACAUGUGUUGCCUUAACUAAAUUUCUAUGUUUUGCAGGAAAGGGAAACCUUGCGGAGGUCCAAAGACUGUUCAAAGCAGAUCGGACCAGGAUCUUUAUACAGGAUUCCCGUGGAUGGGCAGCUCUUCACCAUGGCGCCGCCAACGGACACCUUAACGUUGUGGAGUUUGUUGUUACGUCAGGGGCUGAAAUAAACUUAACUAAUAAGAAUGGUGACACUGCUCUCCACCUGGCAGUACAAGGCGACCAUACCGACGUUAUCGGAUAUCUACUUAAGCAGUCCGCCAGUACUAUCAUCUUAAACGAGGCGUUCAUGGCACCGAUACAUCUGGCAAUAGACGAAGGCAAAAUCAAAGCGUUAGAGAGCCUACUGAAAUUUUCCACGGCUGAUGUUUGUCUGCCGGGAGAGGCUGGUUUAACCCCUCUUCAUUAUUGUGCCUCACGGGACAGAGAUGAAUGUGCUAAGCUGUUGUUGCAGUAUGGCGCCAGACCGUGCGUCACAUGUUCGCACGGGUUUUAUCCCAUACAUGUUGCUGCUAAAUCAGCUGCAGCCAAGACUCUGGAGGUCUUAAUUAAACAUGUUGAGAAUUUAGGAUACUCCAGAGAACAAGUGCUCUCGUUUACCGACAAGGCCAAUAACAUGCCCCUGCACGCCGCUGUAAACGGCGGCGAUAUAGAGGCAGUAAGGGUGUGUAUUGCCGCCGGAGCCGCUGUCGAUGCUCAGCAGGAAGACAAAUCGACGCCAGUACAUUUUGCAUGUGCUCAAGGCAGCGUCGAGUUGAUAAAGAUUAUGCAGGAACUUCAGCCAGUUCGGUUUUCUACUGCACUGUCCACCUGUGAUGUACUAAAGAUGACACCACUUCACAGAGCUGCUUUGUUUAACCAUGUCAACGUUGUAGAAUACCUUCUCAAACAGGGAGCUGACAUAGAUGCUCAGGAUUCACAAGACAGGACGCCACUGCUGAUCGCAGCGUCUAAGGGCUGUUGGAAGACGGUACAGUGUCUGAUUGUCAACAACGUCAGUCUCGCUAAAACUGACCGAGAAAACAGAAACUUCCUUCAUCUGGCAAUCAAGUUUGGCGGACGUCUGAAUGAGUUCGGUGUCGAACUACUGAAGGACGUUAAAAACCUGCUGAACGAGAAGGAUGACUAUGGUUGUACCCCUCUCCACUACGCCUCAAGAGAAGGACAUCUCGUAGCAAUUGACGAUCUUAUCAGCCUUGGGGCGCACAUCAACCCAAAAAAUAACAAUAAGCAAUCUCCGCUACAUUUUGCUGCAAGGUACGGACGGUACAACACUUGUAAGCGGCUUCUAGACAGUCCUCAUGGAGCCAACAUAAUAAACGAGACAGAUGGCGAUGGGUUAUCUGCCCUUAACUUAGCAUCUUUAAACGGCCACACAAAGAUAAUCCAUAUGUUGAUGGAGAAAGGGGCAUAUGUCACCAGGGAUCAUGAUGGGAAUUCCCCUCUUCAUAUGGCGGCGUCCAACGGGUAUACAAAGACGAUAAAGAUUCUUCUAGGUGUCCAUUCCAACCUUUUAGACUCACCAAACAGAAACGGGGAAACUGCUCUUCAUGUUGCUGCUAAGCAAGGGAAAACCUCAUGUGUCGAUCUCCUAUUGACGUUAGGUGCGCAAAUGACAGUAAACAAAGAGAAGAAAUCCUUUUUCGAUACUGCUAUAGAAGCUCAGGAUACCGAUGUGGCUCUUACCAUAGUUCGGCAUGAAAGGUGGCGUGAAGCUAUGAGUCUAUGUUCAGGAACUGUCUGUCCGAUGUAUGCACUGAUCCAGUAUCUACCAGACGUGUGCAUGGUCGUUCUGGAUAAUUGUCUUCAACGAUCAAAUGAAGAUGAGAGGAAAAGCGGUUUUUAUAUAGAGUACGAUUUCUCCUACCUACAGGCGCCAAUCGAGUAUGUCAAGAAAAUGCACAAGGCUGACAAGGAUGUGCCCCCUCUAUUUUCUCUAAAUGCUAUGGUUAGAUUUGGGCGUGUUCAGUGUCUGUCCCACCCCCUGUGUAAGGCAUUCCUGUCCAUGAAAUGGAGAGCUUACGGACUGUGGUUUCACAGCACCAACCUGGUCCUUUACCUGAUAUAUCUCGGACUGCUGACCAUGCUUGUGACCACAACAACACUCUGGUAUCCCACGGAUGAUCGUGGCCAAAAUAGCACCAAUGGGAGUACAACCACGGACGACCCACACACAGUAGAGAUCCACACGGCGAAGCAGGUAUGUGUGUACAUCGUGGUGGUUUUCACUGGUCUCAAUAUAUUUAAAGAGCUCGCCCAAAUGUACCAACAGCGGAUGAAAUACUUUACGGAUAUCGGCAAUGCUUUGGAAUGGGUCCUUUACGUCACCACUGGAGUGUUCGUGAUCCCCAUGAUAACGGGCACCACGUACAAAUUCCAAGUCGAGGCUGGAGCUAUCGCAAUUUUCCUCGCCUGGUUUAACUGCUUGUUGUUCCUUCAAAGGUUUGACGUAUUUGGAAUAUAUGUUGUGAUGUUCCUGGAGAUCCUUUCCACACUGAUACAGGCUCUUAGUGUCUUCUCCUUACUUAUCGUGGCCUUCGGAUUCGCAUUCUUUCUUCUCAUGAAAACAGAGGUCUCCCACGCCUACUCUAGUCCUGGAAUGGCUAUUCUACGAUCCGGGAUGAUGAUGCUGGAGUUAGACUACAUGGCGUCGUUUAAUGAGCCUCUUACAGACGGAGACAUCACUACUGUGGGGUUUGGUGGUCUCACAAUUUUCUUCCUCGUCAUGUUUGUGUUGUUGAUGCCUAUCCUUCUCAUCAAUCUGUUGAUUGGUCUCGCUGUCGGUGACAUAGAGUCGGUGCAAAGCAAUGCCACUUUGAAGCGUUUAGCUAUGCAGGUGGAGUUACAUACGGACCUAGAAAGGAGGCUACCAAAGUGGUUAUUGCUGAAGGUUGAUAAAGUCCAGUACCGAUAUUACCCGAACAAAUGUGGCCGCAGUAUGGCCUCGCUCUGGAGUAAAAUGACCUGGAACAAAAGCAUUGCCUUGGGAUCAGAUGACACAAAACGCCAUGACGCUUACCUGUAUACGGAACUCCACAAACAGAAGCAAAGAAUGAAGGUUAUGGGAGCGACACUAGAUAAGCAGUACGAUCUUUUAAGACUGAUUGUGCAGAAGAUGGAGAUCGCCACUGAGGAGGAUAACAAGGACGAGGGAGUCACUAAUACCACUAGUCUAGAGAAAAUACACGGGGCAAGCUUCUCGGCCCCAUUCGUCAAGAAAAACCUGAUCCGACAGAAUGCCAUCUUGUCUCAUUGGCAGAAGACGUCGGGCAAAUCUAAGGAACAGAAACCGAUGUCGGGCAAAGCUAUAGAACAGAAAACGAAUGAAGCAAAUUGUUAA